UAGACAUGGCUACCUAUCUCUUACUUCUCAUCAUAGCAGCUUCAGCAUUUUCCACACUUAAUGCUGAUGUAAGCAUCGAUUGCGGAUCAUCUGAAUCUUACAGUGAUGACUAUUCUAUUGGUUGGGUUGGAGACGACCUCUACAUUCAACAUGGUGAAUCUGUAGAGUUGCAAUCUAGCAAACCCAUAUAUCAACCGAUGGCCACUCUAAGGGUAUUCACUGACAGGAAGAAAAAUUGUUACAAUAUUGAUUCCGAAAAGGGAUCUAAAGUUCUUGUCCGAGCCUAUUUCUUUUAUGGAAACUAUGACGGGAAAUCAUCUCCUCCAAAAUUUGAUCUACAUUUUGAUGGGAAUCAUUGGAUUACGGUGGAGACUUCAGCUGACCAACUUGUUUCCUAUGAGGCUAUUUAUGUCACGAAGACGGAUACCAUUAGCAUAUGCGUAGCUCAGACAUUUCCUAACAUGGUCCCCUUUAUAUCCGCCAUUGAAGUUCGGGACUUGGACUCCAAAAUGUAUGGGUAUUCAGAUUCGAAUCGUGCUUUGAUGUUAAGGAGGAGGGUUGCUUAUGGUACCGAAGUAAUCGUUAGGUCUACCGAUGAUUUUUACGAUAGAAUAUGGGUUCCAGCCGUCAAGGGAGACGAUUUCACAGUUCUUACAAGUGAUGAAACAUUCAUUGAAGUUAGUUUAGACGAUAGCCCUCCUAGAGCCUUGUUUCAAAAUGCAUUUGCCACUGACAACACUUCUACAUCCAUACAAUUAGGGACUAAUCUUCCCACAGCUAAAGUUCCGGUUUACAUGAACAUAUAUUAUUCGGAAGCUUCGGUACUUGAUUCAACCCAGAAAAGAUCGCUCCAGCUCCUCGUAGAUGGAAAGAUUAACUCCAAACCCUUUAUCCCAGUCUAUGGAACAGCAGGAGAAAUCACCCUGUACAACUUGACUGCCAAUUCCGACACCACCUUCUCUUUGGCAGCCUCACCCGAUUCAACACUGCCCCCUCUUAUCAAUGCCCUGGAAGUUUUUACAGUCAGUGAUGAACUAACAGAUGGAACCAACAGUGAUGAUGUGGAAGGACUGGCCUCACUGCAGGAUGAAUUUGACGUACUGAAAGACUGGGGUGGCGACCCUUGUCUUCCUUCACCAUAUUCAUGGGACUGGAUCAAUUGCACUUCUGGUUCCACACCCAGAGUAACAGCAUUGUAUCUCGGUAGCUUUGGGUUAUCUGGUUUUCUUCCUGAUUUUAGUUCGAUGACAAGCCUCGAGAUAAUAGAUUUGCACAAUAACAGCCUAAUCGGGUCUAUCCCAGAAUUCCUUGGCACCUUGCCUAAUCUAAAACAAUUGAACUUGGCUGGUAAUGAUUUGAGUGGAACAAUUCCUUCCUCGAUAUCAAAGAAUAAAAAGUUAAAAUUAACUGUGACAGACAAUCCAAAUUUGUGUGUCUCCGGUAAGUCAUGUAAAACAGCGAGUGUAGAUACAUCUGGAUCUGGCGGUUCCUCAAGCAGCGGCGGUAGGAAAAAGAGCAAGUUACCAGUAAUCCUUGGAACCACAAUUCCAAUUUUUGUGCUUGUCUGGGUUAUUGGUGGUGUUUGUGCCGUGCUUCAUCAUAAGAGAAAAUCAGAAGCCAUUGCUGCCGGUAAUGUAGGGCAAGCAGGAGGAGCUAACAAGCCUAGUGGCAAUCCACAGGCAGCUCAAAUGCAGAUGGCAGCUAAUAAUAUGGCUCAAAACGUAGUCAAUGACUUCAUAAUGAACAUCCAUGAGCAGCAAUCGGCUCCAGAGCCUGUUUACAACAACGAUCAACAAAAUCAUCUCGAAGAAGGGAAUUAAGUUAAUUGCUAGAUCACCAUGAUCUUAAACAUCUCAAGUUGCAUGUUAGAUUGAAUUUAUUUUUUUCUGAAAAUUGUGUUUUUGUGCAAAAUAUUUGUAAACGACAAAGCCGUUUGAAAUAAAAGUUAAAAGUUUGGAGAAAAUAUAAAA